CAUAUCCUCCAUUGCACUGUACUUAUCUUUUUCUGGAGCCAUGGUUCUAGGGAUUCUCGAUGCGGUCAUCAACUCUUCGUACUUUCCUAAAAAAUAUGUACCACACAUCGUUACCGCCGCCGCAUCACUGGUCUUAAUCCGUGCUUUUUCUCAAGGGCGUACUACGGACCGCGACCGCGACCUUCACGCGAGGACAAUAUUGGUGACGGGAGGAUUUACGUCGCUGGGUUUGACUCUUUUACAGUCGCUCGCUCAGCGGGGAGCCCACAUCAUUGCCCUGACCCCGGAACCAGUAGAGUCUGCAGAGGUCACCAUUCUCAUUGGAUUGCUCCGGACCUCAACCUCCAAUGACAACAUAUAUGCAGAGCAGUGCGACCUGUCUUCUCCUUCGUCCAUCCAUGCGUUCUGUACUCGUUUCAUGGCAGGGCAGGACCAGCGGCUAGACGCGCUGGUCUUCGCUCAUGAAUACCAACAUCUAGGCUCAUUUGAAUUUCUAUCCCCGCCUACUGCUGAAUUGCAGAAAGAACGCGAAACUAGAUCACUGGCGACAUUCCUUCUGAUCACCUUACUUCUCCCUGCACUUCUAGUCGCACCUGUGGAACGUGACAUUCGUAUAAUCAAUGUCGUCAAUCGAUUCUAUGCCGCCGCGACAAACAGCACAUUCAAGGCAUCCUUUUCGUAUUCCGCGUCACUUCCAAAUCCAUCUAAAUCAAUAUUUCUCGCUGAAGGCACCCGUGCUUUGAAGACUUGCAUUCUAACGCGCCAUAUACAGCGUAUUUUGGAUGCCCUUCCGUCCGCCCAAGUUCCCAAGACCGAUACCAGUAGUAGUUCAAUACCCGUGAUCGAUGCCAAGACUCAGAAAUCGAAUAUCGUAGCUGUUAGCGUGUCUCCUGGCAUCAGUAGAGUGGAUACUAUCGCUCCUCUUCUGCAUGCCGACUGGACGGGAAGAUUUGGCUGGUCUUACCUGGGAGUUGUCUUGUAUCUCCUGUUUCAACCAAUACUUCGUCUUAUUUUCAAGUCACCUCUGUCCGCAGUUCAAUCUGUUUUGCAUGUCUUAUUUAUUCCGACGCCUUUCAAGAUCAUUCCAAGGGCAAAGCAGCCCAAAGAUAAAUCAGAUUCGGUGAUUGAAAAAUCAGUCACAGAGAUGCCUGAGGAGAUACUCAAACCAGGAUCUUUGUAUGCUGAGUGUGCCGUUGUGCCGCUCAAGGUGCCAACCAUAGACCACCCACCCCCGCCCGCCAAGGAACAGAGCUCUAAGGGAAAGGGAAAGGGAAAGGCCGAAGAGGAGAUGAUGGAUCUCCCGGAUGACGGGGAACUUGGAGGAGAGGCAACGGGUAGGGCUGUGUGGGAGGCUUAUGAAGCGGCAGUGAAGGCAUGGCAAGAAGCUGAACCAAAGAAGCCGGCCAAACAGGAGGACGAGAAGCCAGGUAGUGGAGUCUCUGAAGUAGAGACAGAGGGUCGUUGAUCACGAGCUGUUUUGUAUAUUUAUUUCUCCGCUAUUCGAUGUUGGACUUUGUGGGCGCGUGUAGGCGCAAUGUUACUGCAUGUCACA